UGCUAGUGGGUUUGCAAAACUACAUCCACUGAGGAACUUUACAUCUUUACUCAUCAUACAAAACAAUUCAGGCAAUGUUUUACUCCAUUACCUUGGGGCUUGCUGUCCUGCUGCAGCACGGGCUGUCCCAAGACACCCCCAGGACCAGGCUCACAGUGGAGCCCCCGGGACCAGCUGUCUAUGUUGGAGAGGUGGUCUCCUUAUGGUGCCAGCUGGAGGGGAGCCCCACCACUGGCUGGACCUACACCUGGUACCCACCCGCCACUCGGACCACAAUGACCCCCAUCCCAGGUCACAGAUCAACCGGGGGUCGGUACACCAUUUUCGGUGUGCUGCCCUCAGACCAGGGACCAUACCAAUGCCUGGCAGAGAGAAUUGGCCCGCCUCCGACAGCCGUGCUUAGCAACAGCGUCACUCUGACGGUCAUGGACUUGCCCCCAGGCACGCUGACGAUCACCCCCGACAGCAGGAGGCACUUCCAAGGUGACGGACUCUCUCUGCACUGCAGGUCCAGCUGCAGCAGUACCACUGAGUGGACCCUGAAGCAUCUGAAUGAGCAGGCUAUAGUGGAGACUGGCUAUCCUGGGGACAGCAUGCGUAAGCGGGGGUGUCAGACCUACAACUUCACAAGCCUCAAUAGCUGCAAUACCGGCCUGUAUUGGUGCGAGUCUGAGGGCCAGCGGACGAAUGCCAUUGACAUCACGGUGGACGAAAGUCCUGUGAUCAUACAGGGCCCAACUCGGUCUGUAUCGCAUGGAGGGAAUGUUACUCUGCAAUGUCGAUAUAGGUGGUUUUCCCCAAAGAAUAUUACCUUUUACAAGGAUGGCAUGGAGAUUGAGACUCGUGGAGAUGGCAGAAUGACAAUGUGGGGCGUGACCAAGGAGGACGAGGGUUUCUACUGGUGUUCUGGAGAAGGCACCGGGAUGAUAAGUGCCGAGACGUGGGUGUCGGUUACAGGAAGCUCUGUCCUUACAAGCAGGGAAGGGGCGGCUGGCCCCGAACAGCCACUGAUGGUGUUUACCGUAGGAAGUUCCACUGCAGAAGAAAUUAUUUCUCAACAGCCAAACCUGCACAGUAAAGGAAUCGCCACCAGCACUAUAGAGAACAAAUCACAGAGCCCUGAACAAAUGGGAAAGUCAUUAUCUGAAGAAUUAGCUCUGUCUGGAUCUCCAGCAGGUCCUGAGCUGUUUGUGGUGAUGAUCUGUAUUGUGAUAUUCCUGAUGCUUAUCCCUACUUUGGGAAUCCUGGCCUACCGAUGCUCACAUUUAGAGUUCCCUCCAAGCAGCCGCUGUUCCAUCGCGGACUCUGAAAGCCAAUAUCCCGGACAGAACUCACCCCAACCAAAAGAGGACCCCUGGAGUAUGACGUGGGUAGAGAUGAUGAUCCCUUUGAAUAAUCAGGAUCACCACGAAUCCCAAGUGGAGACAGAGCCUCAGAUGGACGACCCAGAUGCCUCGCAGGCGUGAUCUUCCACACAGCACCGGCUCAGUCAUACAGCUCCAUGAUCCAUGAUCCAGGUCUAUAAGAUUGUAACAGGUUUGGAUGCUGUUCAACCGAAUAGUAACUUCAGCAUUAGUUCAAAUACAAGAACUCGUGGCCAUAGGGGGAAAU